AUGCCGGCUGCUGCACUGUCCUGUUGCGAAUACAUGCGACGGAAGCCACCCCCUUUGCUCUAUAUGAAACAAUUCGAUCGAAUCACCAAGCACCAAUUGGCUUUGGUAGAACACUAUCGAAUCGCACAGGCAGAACACUGUAAACUCGGCCGAAGCAGCAUGGCCACAAUGCUCGAGGCGAACAAAGCGUUCGCAGCCAAACUGGGCAGUCUGGAACCGGAAAGUUGGCAGACUGGGCUGGAAGAUUGCGGCGACUUUUACACGCAUCGAUGGAAAGAGGUAACCGAACUAAAUUGUGAAGUGACGCACUUUUUUGUUACCAAGCCAACUGUAUCUAUGUGCAUUAUUCAAAGUAUGAUGCUCUCACUGUGGAUUUCUUCCUACUAG